UCCCCUAAUAAUUAAUGGAACAGCCAGCGCGAGAGCCAGUAACAUUAGUUCGGCACCUCCCGUGGCAAUAACUAUCUUUCUCAUUGCAUCUCUGGCUAGUUCUUAGGAGUGAAAAGUGAAGGAACCUUUGGAACAACAUGCCGCCAAAGCGAGAUCCCGAGUUGGAGUCACAAGCAUUGGACUGGGUUGAGUCUAACUACGGUAAACCAAUCGACAGGAAGAGUGGCUUCGAGAAUGUCCUCAAAGACGGCAUCAUUCUUUGCGACAUGAUGAAUAAUCUGAUGCCCGGAUGUAUCAAGAAAAUUGACCGAAAAGGAGGCGGCUUUGCUUUGAUGCAGAACCUUGGACGUUUCCAGGAUGCGGCCAAAAAGUACGGAGUACCAGCAGAGGAGGUGUUCCAGACUGUUGAUCUGUGGGAGAAAAAGAAUAUUCCCCAAGUGACGCUUUGCAUACACGCCAUGGCAAGAGUGGCUCAGACGCGAGACGACUACAAGGGCAUGAUGCUUGGACCAAAAAUGGCCGAGAAACAAGAACGUGAAUUCACUGAAGAGCAACUGAGGGAAGGAAGAAAUGUCAUCAGUUUACAGUAUGGUAGCAACGAGGGAGCUUCACAAGCAGGCCUCAACAUGGGCAAACCUCGCUCUAUCAUGGAUUAGGGUGUCUGUAUUAUAUUUAGAAGUGUACGGGGUCAUCAAAACGCUUGACAUAAUGCUAUAAUAUCUAAACAUUUGGAUGAAAAGGUUCUAGUUCUACUAGACGCAUAUACUAGCGUAUAGAGAUAGAUUGGAUCACUUGCUGCAGUAUUUCUUUCUCCGAUAGGGUUCGCUUUGUAAUGUAACUUUGUUUCGUGUUUUCAAUCGAAACCUAAAGGAAAGUCGAAAACAGCGUCAAGAAACCCAUUCUAAUUUGUGAACUAGUUCCUGCACACUUUCUGUGUUUAGUUAAUCUAGUGAGAUUUGAUAAAGUAAAAGGGAUUUUUAAGGCAGAAAACGAAAACGAAAGUGAUUCAAUGACGACAGAGAUUCAAGAUGUGCUUUAGUCAGUUCACAAUAUGAGUGCAUUUCGGGGAUAUGGAUGCUUUUCAUUAUCAGAUGGAAAAUCAUUUGCGUGCUGGAGUAUAUAGAAAUCGGACUUAGUAGUGAAAAUGAAGAAAAAGAAAUGCAUAUGAAUCAAAGAGAAACAGGUUGUACAAUCCAUAUUCGGAAAAAAUAGCUAGCUGUCAUUCAAUCAACCCAGUCUAUAGAAAUAACACCUUGAUUGAAAUUAAAACCGGAUGAUGGAAACAUUAAGAAGUUUUACAACCCUAUAUUUUUGACCGAAAAUCAAAUGUGUUCAUGCCAAAACUGUUUCCAUGUUGUCUUUAGUACAAUAUUUGUUCUUCCCACAAACCAGCCGUAUCGUUACACUCCUACUUCUAAUAGAAAUAUCCAUCUGAUCCAUUUGAAGGAUACUAUACUUAGAGUAGAUUAACUUAUAGAUUUUAUUUUAAUGUACAAUGUAUAUAGAGGUUCUGAUGGAUAUUAGUACUCUACCAGCACGGUGCAGAACCGACUGUGUGCAAUUUCCGUAACUUAUUUUUCAUUCUCAUAUAAUUAUAGAUUUAUUUUUAUUUAUUCAUAUCGUAUCAAUAUGGUUUGUUAUAAUAAUAAAGCCAUUUCAUCCUUAU